AUGGAAUCAUCCAGCACAUUCAAGUUUAUCAUCAUCGGAUCUUCAGGCGUCGGAAAAACAGCUCUUCUUCGCCGCCUUGUAGAAAAUAAAUUCGUCCAUGACCAACAAUCAACAAUCGGUGUCGAAUUCGAUUCAACAUCUAUCGAGGUCGAUGACCAAGUCGUUAAGCUUCAAAUUUGGGAUACCGCCGGCCAGGAAAGAUUCCGUUCUAUUGCAAAGGCUUAUUUCAGAAAUGCUGUCGGUGUUGUUUUAGUUUUCGAUGUUACAGAGAGAAGAACAUUCGAUGAUGUCAAUAUGUGGCUCAACGAUGUUCACUCACUUUGCGACCCAUCAGCUCGCGUUAUCCUUGUUGGCAAUAAGACAGAUCUCGCCGAUUCUAGAGUAAUACCAGUUUCGGAGGCAGAAGCUUACGCUAACCAUCGCAAACUUGCUUAUAUAGAGACAUCAGCUCGCGCUGGCGAUAAUGUUAAAGCGGUUUUCACUAAACUCGCUACCGAGGUCUACCGUAGCUCUGCCAAGGAUCCUUCUGUUAAUCCUAAGAGUAUCACUGCAACCGGCUCAACAACAGAAAAAUCCGGCUGCUGCUAA